AUCCCAAGCUCUUUGAGCAAUUGGUGGUUGUCAAAGGUGCAAGAAGCAGGAGGUGCAGAGAGAGGAGAGAUGUUCCUGAACCGCCGACAGUGUAAUGAGUCAGAUUCCAGGGUGGUCAGCUUUGCUAGCACCGGACUCUUGCUUUUCAUGAGGCUUCGUCCGUGCACCACCGCUGUGCUCAAAUAUUAUUGACUCAUUUGAGAGCCCUUUCAGUUCUGCCAAACCUGGGUCAAUUGGAGGUUUCCUUGACCUGCAUUCGCGCUGCAUAUGCUCGAAUCUACCUAAGAAUGAGCCACAGAUACGACCGGAGGGAUGGCAGAGGCCCACGCCACCCUCCAGGUGGUCGACACCGAGAGUCCCGUAGGGACACCGUGCCGGCAGGCGUCAUCUUUGGCUGCAACAACCAAACGAUGAUGGAGUGUAUGCAGCGGAGUCUCUUUGGACUGCCAAUGAGCCAGUCAGGCCUUGUGCUCAGGAUCGCCCCGGGGACGACGCUCUUUCUUUUCAACUUUGAAACAAAGAACCUGCAUGGCAUCUUUGAGGCAACCAGCCCGGGCGGUCUCGACCUGGACCCCAGCGCGUUCAAGGCACGCUCGUCAGCAGGCUUCCCUGCGCAGGUCUGGGUGCGAUUGCGGCAUGACUGCACGCCCCUCCACGAAAGCGUCUUCAAAGACGCGAUCCGCGCGAACUACUUCUCCCCAACUAAAUUCAGCUUCGAGCUCAGCGUGGAUCAGGUCUCCCGCCUCCUUCACCUCUACUCCGUGACCCAGCCAGAAGCAGCUUCACACCACCCCCCCUCCACCCCCUAUCACCAGCAGCAAGAAGUACCCCCCGGAACCGAGACGUAUCCCCAUUCCACCUACGGAAGCACCCCCUCCGCUUAUGAUACCCCCCCUGCGGCCCACGAGCACGCGCCGGCAGCCUAUGCCGAGGCCCCGCCUGCUUAUAUCAUCGUGCACCCGGAGCCGUCCUCGACGGGGGGGUACGAAGCUGCGUCCACGUACCCCCCCGGAACGUCGUACUACCUGAACCAGGAUGGCCCCCCCGGUUAUGAACAGAUGCAACUGCAAGCGGUGCAGAGCGACGCGCAGUACGGGUACCACUCGAGCGGCUACGAGAGCUACUAUUCCCAGGGCGGUUAUGGCGCUCGCUCCCAGCAAAACCCCGGCCCUUCGUCCCCGGUUCCCCAGCCCCCGGUCGCGAGAACGGACCUGCGCACCGUGCUGGUUAUGAAGCACUCGGCGGAGCGGCAGAGGGCAGAGCGCGGCCAAUCAGAGUCGGGAGAACUAGAGCGAAGUUCCGACUCCCCCGAGCAAGGAGAAGGUCGUCAGUCGGAGGAGGAGAGGGUGGAGGAACUAGAACGAGGGACGGAAUCUCCUGAGCCGAGGCGGAGGAGCAUUUUCGAGCGGCUUGGUGAUGCAGACUCGGCUCGGAGCGUUCGAUCGGGUAGCGGGACACCAUCGGACGGCCCCCGGGCAGUUUUGGUUCGCGGAGGAAAUCAAAUAUCAGGGAGCGGUUUAGGGCAUGAAGCUUUCCCCCGGGGGUCCAAUCGCAGUCUUGAGACGGACGGGUCUGGUGGGGAAGGUGGGGAGGCGACAAGAGAAGGGAAGCGGACCCAGAAAGUGUCGCCGGUUUCGAGCCGGCUCAGUCUACGGGAAGAGACGGGCCAACGUCGCGAGGAACGGAAAGCGGCAGACGAGCGGAGCAGGAUGCGGCAGCAAUCGCCGAACACGGCGGCGGUGCAGGGGCGAAUGGUAACGGGUUCGGGGCAUGGAGGCCACGUUUCGGGGGGUUCUCGUGCGGCAGCGAGUGAGGAUCUGAAGCAGGGGGGUGGAGUGGUGAGACUACAGCCGGCAACGAUGGGAGACAUUCUGAGGGGGAAAGCAAGCGGCGGUGUAACUGGGGGAAGAGGGGAUGGGAACGGUUUGGGGGGAAAGCAGGGGGGCGCUGCGGAUAGCGGGUUGAAGGGGUCCGAGGGAGGGAAGGUGUCGAGAGGUGUCGCUCAGUCGGGAGGGGAGCGGGGUGCAAUUGGGGUCAGGAAGCGGGCGUUAGAGGAAGGGGAGAUUGCCAGCGAGGGGUCCGAGGGAGCUGCAGGCGAGAGAAAAGUGACGGGUGGAGGAGUUGCGGGCGGAAGGAAGAUGACCGGGGAGAAAGCGGGCGGUCUUGAGGGGAGUCGUUUUCAGAAGCGUGGUCGCGAAGAAGGAAGGGCGGAACGAGGCGAAGAAGCGAAGAAGGCGAAGCGGGGGGACGGGACAGGCGAAGGAAGAGGCAGAGCGGAUGGAGAGAAAAAGGGUGAGAAGAACGAGAUCGCAGCGGGGGGUUUGGGGACGGUAAAAGACCGCGAGAAGCCGACGCUGAAGGUGAGCGGAGGAGAAGGUCGAUUAAGAGACGAUAGUAGGAGAGCGGACGGAUCUGAGGUGAGAGAACGGGAACGGAUGCCGACUGGCUUGCAGGAAGAACCGGAUCGGAAAGAGGCGCAGGCUGUGCUGGCGCGGCCGUUGGACGGAGGAAAAGGUAACGGGGUAACAAACAAGUCGGGGGAAAGGGCAACGGUUCCGAGGGAGAGAGACGACCGACCUGCUCCUCGGCAAGACGACAAGAGGAGAACGGAUGGGGGGAGAGACGCGGGGAAGGGGUCGGAAGUCGACAAAUCCUUGCAAAGAGACGCUCGCAGAAGUCCUUCGCCCAGGGGGAGAGGAAGACAGGUUGAAAGAGGAGCUGAUAGGCCCGCGCAAAGAGACGCUCGCAGAACUCCUUCGCGCCCGGUAAGAGAGAGACAGGUUGAGAGGAACGUGCGGAAACCGUUGGAUCGGGGGGGGAGGCGCUCGCCACGGGCGUCAUCUCCUGACGUCAGCCGUCCGCAUCUCAGGGGAAGGGACACAGAGCGAGAACGUCAGACCGAGCGAGAGCGGCGGCGCGAAUUUGACGACCGGAGGCGAGAAGGAGGGCCGGGUGGGGCGCGUUCACACCAGCAGUCAGCAGGGAGGAGGCCCGAGGGGGAAGCCGGCGCUCGAGCGCCCGGUGGUACGCCCUCCGAUCCGGGAAAGGGGGCUACGUCGGCGCGGCAUGGUCAUGAGAGUGGUCGGGAGUCGGGGCAAGCGGGGAAGGGUUUGUAUGAUAGGGAGCUCGAGCGGCGGAGAAGCGAGAAGGGACACUCUGAGGUGGUCAGGCCAAGAUCAGCGGAGGGGAAACGAGAGGGAGAGUCUCAGGCGAGGGGAAACGGAUCGAAGGGUCCAAGCAACGCAGCGAGUCCCGGAGCGGGCAAAGAUUUGGCUGGGCAGGGGAGAGCUUCUGGGUCGCUGCCACGUGGCGUCGUCUUCAAGCCGCCACGUGACUGCGAGGUGGGAAAAGCACCGGUGGAGGGGCGGGGUGUCGGAAAGGAGUCGGGUCUGCCCAGUGAAGCAUCGAGUCCGCAGGAACGGAAUGCCAAGCCCGCAGCGGAACCGGUGGCAGCGCCGAAAUCGGAGGAUCGUGGAACGGGGGCCAUGUCAGGAGUGCGUGAAGUUGACAGCGUGGCAGAAUGGCGAGGGUUGGUGGAGAUUGAAGCGAAGCGUUCGAACGGGACGGUUGAGGGUGCGGUUGAUAAGAGCGGUGGACUGUCGGGCAGGCUCGAGAAGCCGGCUAUGCCAGCAGAGCUGGCAACAGGGGGACGGAAGGUGCUCGCAGCGGAAACGGAACAGCCGGAUGCGCGUGAAGAGGCUGCGGCGCCUGUUGGAGGGUCGGCUUCCGAGCAGGUGCAUGCCGGGAAAGUGGAGGAAACUGAGGAGGUUCCUCGGGGGUUGAGCGGGGAAGCGGCGUCCGCGGCUGGGGUGGGGGUUUCGGCUGUGGGUGAGGGGGAGAACGGGGCGGACGAGAAUGUCGGCGAAUUGCUGGGCGAUGACCUGGGGGCUGACUUCUUGCAGCUCGAAAUGGACGUGGAUGAGCCACUGCCCGAACCCGAGCCCGCAAGAAAAGCGAGCAUUACUCCUUUCUUCCUGACACUGUCCGAAACUUUCUGAUAUUGGCAGUUGCCAGUGCUGAUGCUGCGAACUGGGACGCUCGAAUGCAAAAGGUUGCUCGAGUACAAGUAAAUGUGUUUCAACCAUG